AUGGUGAAAGCAAGGCCCUGCCGGCUCUGGCUGGCCCUGGGCUCCGUCUUCAUGAUCCUUCUCAUCAUUGUAUACUGGGACAAUGUGGGCACCGCCCACUUCUACCUGCACACCUCGCUCUCCAGGCCACACCUCCCAGAGCCACUACCCACAGCCCAGCCUCAGGAGGGAAAGGACUUCACAUCAGAUGUUGAUGAGUUUCUGGAUAAGCUCCUUAGCUCGGGCCUGACACAGAAUGACCCUUCCAGAAAGCAGACUGAGCCGCCCCCACGACCAGCCUCCAACAAGCCUGCUCUGAGCAACAUGGAGGAGAACGUGAGGGGCUAUGACUGGUCCCCCCAUGAUGCCAAGCAGAGGCCCGACCAGGACAGGCUGCAGGCCGAGAGACGGCGUGUGCUCAGGGACUUCUGUGCCAACUCCAGCUUUGUCUUCCCCACCAAGGAACGUUCCUUCGACGACAUCCCCAACUACGAGCUGAACCACCUCAUCGUGGAUGACCGGCAUGGGGUCAUCUACUGCUAUGUGCCCAAGGUGGCCUGCACCAACUGGAAGCGUGUGAUGAUCGUCCUGAGUGAAAGCCUGCUAGACCAGGGAGCUCCCUACCAGGACCCCCUGGACAUUCCCCGUGAACAUGUCCAUAACUCUAGCACCCACCUGACCUUCAACAAGUUUUGGCGCCGCUAUGGCAAGUUCUCUCGCCACCUCAUGAAAGUCAAGCUGAAGAAGUACACCAAGUUCCUCUUCGUGCGGGACCCCUUCGUCCGCCUCAUCUCCGCCUUCCGCAGCAAGUUUGAGCUGGAGAAUGAUGAGUUCUACCGCAAGUUCGCCAUGCCCAUGCUGAAGAUGUACUCCAACCUCACCAGCCUGCCCACUUCUGUCAGCCAGGCCUUCAGCGCUGGCCUGAAGGUGUCCUUCACCAACUUCAUCCAGUACCUGCUGGACCCACGCACUGAGAGGCUGGCACCCUUCAAUGAGCACUGGAGGCAGGUGUACCGCCUCUGCCACCCCUGCCAGAUUGACUAUGACUUUGUGGGCAAGCUGGAGACGCUGGACCAAGAUGCCGCCCAGCUGCUGCGGCUCCUCCAGGUGGACCGGCUCCUCCACUUCCCCCCCAGCUACCGCAACAGGACCGCCAGCAGCUGGGAGGAGGACUGGUUCGCCAGGAUCCCCCUGGCCUGGAGGCAGCAACUGUACAAACUCUACGAAGCCGACUUCGUCCUCUUCGGCUACCCCAAGCCAGAAAACCUCCUUCAAGACUGA